UUCUUUAUUACCUUGCAGCAGUUUGAAUGCUUCUUUUUAUCACUUUCAAAGCUUAGAACAGAAUUCUAAAAGAGUGAUAGAUAAAGAAAGGCUAGUUGUAGUGUGGGUAGCUUGGCCUUUUGAAGGGUACUGCUGCUGCUGAGACUUAGCUAGCAUGGACCCUUUGAGGCUAAUUUGUGUAUUUGGGCUUUUAGUUUUGGCACAACCAAGAGUGGUGAUGGAUGGCACCGGUUUGCAGAAAUGUGGAUUCCAGGCAAUUUACAACUUUGGGGAUUCGAAUUCGGAUACUGGGGCAAUAUCUGCAGCAUUAUCGGAGGUCACUUCACCAAAUGGUGAAACUUUCUUUGGACAUCCUUCAGGAAGAGCUUGUGAUGGUCGUCUGAUUAUAGACUUUAUAGCUGAGAGGUUGAAGUUGCCAUAUCUUAGUGCAUACUUAGACUCAGUUGGGGCAGAUUUCAGACAUGGUGCAAACUUUGCUACAGGAGGUUCUUCCAUUCGCCUGGGCGGUUAUAGCCCAUUCCAUCUAGGCAUACAAAUUUCCCAGUUCAUACAGUUCAAAGCUCGCACCACAGCUUUGUAUAAUCAACUCAGCCCCAGUGAUCCUGGAAAAAUCCCACCCUUCAAAAGCAAUCUUCCUAGGCCUGCAGAUUUCUCAAGGGCUAUAUACACAUUUGACAUUGGGCAGAAUGACCUGGCCUAUGGAUUUCAACACACAACAGAGGAACAAGUUAGAAAGUCCAUUCCUGAUAUUCUUAACCAGUUUGCAGAAGCUGUGCAUCGGCUAUAUGAGGAAGAGGCUAGAAUUUUCUGGGUGCAUAAUACAGGUCCACUUGGUUGCUUGCCCUACAGUUAUUUAUAUCACAACUCAAAUCCUGGUAAUCUUGAUCAAAAUAGAUGUGUGAAGUCUCAAAAUGAGAUUGCUCAGGAGUUUAAUCGGCAGCUGAAAAAUAAGGUAUCCCAGCUGAGCACGCAGCUCCCUCAUUCAGCUUUCACAUAUGUUGAUGUGUACUCUGUUAAAUAUCAGCUAAUUAGUACUGCAAGGAGUCAAGGUUUCAUCGAUCCGAUGAAUUUCUGUUGUGGCAGUUUCUAUGGAGUUCAUAUUGAUUGUGGAAAGAAGGCCAUAGUGAAUGGAACAGUUUACGGGAACCCAUGCGGGCAUCCAUCAAUGCAUAUUAGCUGGGAUGGUAUACACUAUUCUGAGGCAGCUAAUUUAUGGGUAGCAAAUAGAAUUCUCAAUGGCUCCCAUUCUUGUCCAGCUUUCUCAGUUGAGGAGGCGUGUCAGCUUGUCUAGAAUGCCAUUAUCAAACUUGAGUUGAUAGUUUCUAUGCAAUUGGUUAAACAAGGUCAUAGUUGAUACAAUAAUCAUGAUUAUUACUGACGGGUUUGGGCUUCAAGUUGUUAGAUAUGAGACUAAAUGCAAAAGCACAGUUUAUCUCAAAUGGGAACCUGUUGAAAUAUUUAUCCUGCAUAAAUAGAUUGUUGGCUGGAUGUGCCAGAGUUGACAUUUUUGUAACUUUCAUUGUUAAGCUAUAAUUAAUGUAUCUACCUUCAUCUACA